AUGGCCCUCGAGCGAUCCCUCUCCUUCCAAUGGGAGCCGGUAGACUGCUCGCAGCGCCACGGACAUAUUGUCAACUAUGAAUACGAAAUACUUGGUCAGGAUGACUGGGCAAAACUGGAGCGUCAAAUUGCAAACACUUCCGAGACUGGAAUAACCGUUGACGGCUUGACACCGUUCACUAAAUACGUGAUGCGUGUGAGGGCCUACAACAGCAUUGGUGGAGGUCCAAAUACGGAAAAUCUUGAUGUGAUGACCGCAAAGGCUAGCGCGCCGCUUCCACCACAGGAUCUUGUUGUCGCUCAGGAAGGCACCGACUUCUUCAUGGUCUCAUGGCUGCCUCCUUACCCACCUUAUGGUCCUCAUGACGCCUACAAAAUCCGUUAUCAACUUUUGGGUACGGACAGAUGGGAAGAGAAACAGCAUGGAGUGCACGAUGAGGAACUUCAGUGCCCCUCGGAAAGCCCUCGCUUCUGCUACAAUGUGACUGGGCUCGAACCUGGUAACCAGUACAAAGUACAGGUUGCUACUCGAAUCGAAGGAGGAAGCUAUGGACCAUGGUCGUCGUUGGUGAUUGCCAACACGCUCCAAAUUCUCCCAGACACCCCACGGGCGAUUCAUCUGAUCGAGAAGACGGAUCACUCACUCCACAUCAAAUGGGUGCCACCUAUUGACCCUAAGGGCCACAUUACCCAGUACAAGGUCUCCAUCGCCUCCCUUGAUGAUCCUAACGAAGGACGAAAGUCGUUCCUCGUUGACCAUCCCACUUUAACCUAUCUCUUCGAUGGCCUGAAGCCCGAAACGUCCUACAACGUCUCGAUAGCAGCCGGUUCGAAGAGAGGUUUCGGUAGGGAGAUUUGGACCGUUACUCGACCGAUCCGUUCGCAAUUCCGAUCGUUGUCACCGCUCCAACGACUCCAACGGCGCUUGCUGCUCUCGACCUUUCAGUGGUCAGGAGUUGAUGAUGUUCAAACCCGAGUUACAGGAUUACUAAUUAAUAAGGUGGUGGAUCAACAAGCAGUCGUGUCGGGAGAGCUCGCCAGAGAGCCGGCAGGGACGUACUGGAUUGUGCCGCGUGCCCAACCUCUCCGCCCCCAAACGUGGCGGGUCAACUGGCAAGCUCCACUGAGGUGUUUCAUGCUUGUGUCGAAUUAUUCGCUAACAAGCUCGAGUAUUCACGGACGCCAAAACCGCGUCCCAGUCGACUUACCCAGCUCUUCGAUCGAACAUAUCUUCGAUUGCUACGUCGAACACCCACUGGACAGUGCGUUUCGUACUGAGAACGACGCUGGUGCCUCAGGUUGGAGUAACGAACUCGAGUUGACCCAGCUGAGUGCUCCUGGAGGCAGUGAGGGACAUGAAAAGCUCCCCGAUUGGACCGCCGUCAGUAGAGGCCAGUUUGAACCUCCACUUGAUUCCAAAUGGGUGAUCGACCGGUUAACCUCCGUCUACAAUCUGAAAUCGAUGGGCGAAUGCGGUCCAAGAACUUCGACUCCUAUUCAGAGCACGUUCGAAGCGAGCUCAGGUACGUCUUCGCGCCUUUGUCGUUCGGUCGACGUCGAAUCAGAGGCUGACGUCACGUGUCCGCAGCCCGACUGCGAAAUUGCGCAACGCAAGAUCACCGGCGUACGAGUAGAAGCUCCGAAAGUUUUGUAUCCUUGGGGAGAGAAUACCACGGCACAACACUCAACUGAAAGGCUUACACUCAAUGACCUGAUACCAUACAACGAAUACAGAAUUCGCGUGCGAGCACAGAAUGCCGUCGGCGAGGGUCCGUACUCGGAAUGGGUCCGAUUCAUUACACAUCCAGCUGCUCCACCGGCUCCUUCUGAUCUCCAAGAAGAGGGCGUAUUCCCACAUGCGCUUGAGAUUUCGUUUGCUGCCCCUACGCCUCCUCAUGGAAACAUCGACUAUUACCGCAUUAGACACACUCCUUCUGGGCAGCUGAACUUCAAAGAAGUACGAGUGGAGGCUGAGCGUCUCCAGUGCUCAGAUGCUUCCAAGAGGGAUCGCCUAUGCUUCCGCGUGCAUGACCUCGACCCUGAGCAGGACUAUGAGAUUCAGGUCGCUGCUCAUACCGAGAAUGGCGCAUGGUCAGAGUGGUCAGAGCCGCUGAAUGCCAGGACUGAACAGCAGAAUAUCCCUGUUCUGGAGCGAGAGCUUGAGGUGAUCGACACGAAACCUGAAUCGAUAACUCUAAGAUUUGAGGGCGUCCCACAAGACCAGGCUGCCCAUGUCGUUGGCUAUGUGCUGGAGUUCAAAUCGGAAGAUGAUGACGAUUGGGCGGAGUACAACGGCGUGAUCAAGCACCGUCGUACCACCACCGACUACAAAGUCAUGGUCAAACAGCUUGAAACGGCCACGAAUUACUUCUUCCGUCUGAAGGUUGUUGGCAAAAACGACAAACGAGGAGCUCCUGGUCCCGAAACGAAAGCGAUGACAAGUUGUGGUCGACCCGAAGAACCACCGAGCAACGUCAGGAUUGAGAGUGAUGAUUUCGAGACCAUAAAGAUCUUAUGGACGCCACCAUCAGAAGACUCGUGGCGAUGUGACGACGUCGAAUUUGUGAUUGACUACGUAAACACGACAUCUCGCGGCUCAUGGACGGUACCUGUGGAUGCUCCUUCCGAACUUGUGGUCUCUACCAUGCCUGGCACCCGAUGGGAAGUGAAAAUGCGCACACAGACCGUCGAAGAUGGAGCGAAACCUCAGACGAAAUGGAAGUUUGAAAAGGCCCAUUCACUCACCACGCAGUCGCUGCCUGAGAGCUCUGUCACGUGGGAACCGGCACGAGACCUCCGGAAGCACUUGCUCCAUGGGAUCGUCCAGACAAGCGUGAUGCUACUGGGACCCCAAAAGAACCGAUCACCAGUGUUGAACAUCCAGGAGAAGCAGGUCCCACUGGAGGAACUUGCUCCGGGAAGUGUUUACGAGGUAACUGUGACCCCACGUCGUCCUCCAUCCCUCCAUUCGUCGAUCGUUGCCCCGAAGACUGUGCGAACAUUCAAGACCAAAAACGACGUGCCCACCGGACCGCCAAUGAAUCUGCAAUCUUCCCUUCGCAAAGAUACUGAACUGGGCUUCAAAUGGGACGCUCCGGAAUGUGUGCAUCAGAACGGUAAUGUGUCCCAGUACGAGUUCGAAUUGGUCGGUAUGGACGAAUGGAACGAAGGCACUCGGGAGGGUGUAACGCCCCGUACCAAUGCCAUCAUCGAUCAACUUCAACCCGGAUCACUCUACCGAAUGAAGGUUCGAGCUUACACUGCUGAAGGACCAGGGCCUUGGUCUGACCCGCUGGAAAUUCGAACCACCGGUUCUGAACUCGGCUCUCCACGGGAACUUACCGCAGUACAAACGAAGAGCACCGCUAUCCAACUCACAUGGCUGCCACCGUACCCCGAAAAAGCAGUCGUAACUGCUUACAGGAUGAGAUAUAGCCCUCGAGCUGAUGACUCAAAUCCAACGGAGAUCGAGCUUUCUGGAGAUGAACUCUCGUGCUCAGGCUAUAAAAGCCCCAUCAUUACCGGGGCCAAUCUGUGCACAACUGUGAAGAACCUGCAACCAGCAACCACUUACCGAUUUGCUGUACAGGGUCAAUCGGCGUCCGGAACUUGGGGCGAAUGGUCCAGCGACUAUUUCUCCACCACUAGAAAAGACGACAAAGAACUUCUCGGAGGCAGUUUGAAACUGCUCUCUGCUGGACACGACAACCUCAAG